AUGAUGUACCCUCACGCCCUUACCUCAUACCCGUGUACUCUCACGCCCUGUGCUCACAUGAUGUACCCUCACGCCUCUGUACCCUCAUAUCCGUGUACUCUCACGCCCUGUGGCCACAUGAUGUACCCUCACGUCCCUUACCCUCAUACCCCCCCUUACCUUACGCCCUGUACCCACUUGAUGUACCCUCACGCCCUGUGCCCACAUGAUUACCCUCACGCCCCUUACCCCACGCCCUGUACCCACUUGAUGUACCCUCACCCCUGUGCCCACAUGAUGUACCCUCACCCCUACCCUCACGCCCUGUACCCACUUGAUGUACCCUCACGCCCUGUGCCCACAUGA